GAAUGUUUAUUUUAGGGUUAAGGUCAAGGUUAGGAUGUGAUUAUUAUUAAAUUUUAAACCUUUCGUCAGCUUGGAUACAUAAAAAGAAGAACAACGUGGUCUUUAGUGGUGGUAAUAAAAAGUUACAUUGUUAAAGAUGGAUGCAACAGACAAACCUUUAAGGAUUCCCAUGGAAAUGUCAAUGUAUGCAGAGAAGCAUGAAAUAUUCGACCUUAUCCAGACCCUUGUGAGAAACCUUUUGAUUGACAAGCCAGAAGAUCCCAUUCAGUACCUGAUAGGACUUCUGAAGAGGGAAAGUAUAGAAGUGCCAAGAAUUUUGAUCCUGGGCCCACCAGCCUCAGGGAAAACAACAGUUGCUAAAAAGUUGUGUGAGCACAUUGGUGCUAUUCAUAUAACCUCUAGCAGCAUCCUUAAGGGUGACACUGAGCUGAGCAGGAAGACGAAGCAGUACACAGAGGAGAGUCAGGAGAUCCCACAAGCCCUCUGGAUCAAGCUGAUUGAGGAACGGCUAUCAAAAGCUGACUGUGUGAGACGGGGUUGGGUGCUGGAGGCUAUCCCCAAAAGCAGACAAGAGGCGCUGUGUCUGCAGGCAUCUGGCAUUGCCCCCGAGCAUGUUGUGAUGUUGCAGGCACGCAACGACGUCCUGACUGAAAGGAAUCUGGGCAAGAGGAUAGACCCUGUCACAGGAGACGUGUACCACGUUACUUACAUGUGGCCCGAGAGUGCCGAGGUGGCUCAACGUCUCGAGAGGCCAGACAACCAGACGGAAAUGACCCGUCAGUUGCAAGCGUACCAGCGGGAGCUCCAGGGUCUACAGGACGCUUACUGUAACAGCCUGAAGAUCAUCGAUGCUGAUCAGCCUCAUGUAGAUGUGUUUGGUCAAGUGCUGAGCUACGUUCUGUCCAGGCAUCGCUCUGAUGCACCUCACACUCCCAGAAUCCUCUUGUUCGGACCGCCAGGUUGUGGGAAGAGUCUCCAGGCCAGCUUGCUUGCCCAGAAAUACAGCUUAGUUGACAUUUGUUGUGGUGAACUUUUGAAAGCAGUGGCGGCGGAUGAGAGCAGUAUGGGAGAGCUCAUUAAACCCUUUCUGGAGUCAGGACGGCGAGUGCCUGACAGCAUGGUGCUACAGAUCCUGACUGAGAGACUAAGCCGGGUGGAUUGUAUCACACACGGCUGGGUCCUUCACGGCUUCCCUUGGGAUGUAGAACAGGCCGAGAGACUGCAGGAGUCCAACUUUCUCCAAAGCAGGGUGUUUUUUUUGGAGAUGAGUGAUGAUGUGGCUCUGGAGCGACUGACACUCAGGUCCACCGAUCCUGUGACGGGGGAGAGAUAUCACUCAUUACACAAUCCUGCUCCGGAUCCAAAAGUACAGGCUCGGCUCCAGAGUAACCCACGGGACUGUGAGUCUGAAGUCUGCAAGAGGCUGGAGGAGUACCGGAGCCAUGCAGCUGCCCUACAGGCCUUCUACCCCCAGGCUGUGCAGGUCAACGCUGAUCAGCAACCUCACACCGUGUUUGAGUGCCUGGAGAACGGGAUGGUCGGCCGUCCUUCCAAAGUCCUGCCUGAAUUAAACAUCCAAGCCUUCUCUGGCUCCUCUGGUCUGUAAUCACUCCCCGCUUGUUGACCCCAGCUGAUCACAGGGGAGUACAGCAGACCAGCUAAUUAUACACAUGUUUAAUUAAUGUCGCAAUAAAAGGCAGCCUGUCUGGACUCUUUGUCAGGGGUAGUAUUAGUCCUGCUUCAGUAGUCUCAUGCUAAGGAGCAAGAGCUCCUCUGAUUAUUAAUCUCUAUCUCUCUCUCUUUCUCUCUCUCUCUCUCUCCCCCUUACACACACAAAGAUUCAGAGGUCAGUCAGCUGGCUCCCAAUGGAGAGGAAAGGAGUUAAGUGCACUGGUUAGCGAGAUGUGUUAACAGCCAAGCAUUCAAACUCCCCUCAGAUACCGUGCCAUGACAGGCAGACAUUGACUUAAUUAGAGCGAAUGAGCUCAGAAUAUGCAUCAGCUCUGAAUACAUAAACAGGGAGUAAGCAGGAGAAAUGGCAUGUUUUUUUCAAACGAUCUCAGCCCGCACUGUAGCAGGAAGAGUAUGUUUACUCUCCAAACAAUGAUUUUAGAGGAUAUGUGAAGGAAUACAGAAUUGCAGAUGAUGGAAUUACUAAAUGAGUAAUGCUUUUUAGUGCCCCGUUAUUUUCUGCACAGAUGCUA